CCAUCACCGUCGCUCGAGCACCCCAACCAACUUCCGGCCUGACGAUACCGGCCAGCUGCGAGUCGCCGAGACACACACCCUCUAUCUCUCUCUCUCUACUCUCGAAUUCACUUCAAAGGCUUCUUCAUGUCGCUCGCGGGCUCGGAUGAACUGAAACAGCUGGCGGCCGCCGUCGCGGCUGCUGCACCCACCCCCAAACGGUCCGGAAAGGCCGCUCAGAAGGCCGUCCAGAAGGCCGAUGCCAGCGCCGGAAGCCUAUCCGGUAAUUCGCCAAAACCCAAGGACAAGAACAAGGGACCGGGCAAGCAGACCAGCAAACCGAAAGGAACUGCGGUACUGCUGGAAGAAAUCAAGGCACUUGGGGGUAACGAACGAGACUUGGAUCUGCUGGACGAAGUCCUGAGCGGCUCCGAGGUCGACGAGGAAGAGGCGGCGGCCAUCAAGAAAAAGAAGGACGAAAGGAAGCUCAACAAAGCCAAGAUCGACGAGCAGGGCAUCUUGGCCGAACUGCAGGCAUUCUUCAGCAAGGAUCUGAAGAUGGAUCCAAAAAAAUCGAUGAUCGCGGUCGUUGGCGACGAUGAAGAAAGUGACGAGAACGAGGAUGCCGAUGAAGAACAGGACGCGCCGGCUCCAAAGAGCGCCGCUAAGGAUGCUGCCAAGGGAGCCAAGGGAGCCAAGGACGGCGCAAAGAACACCAAAGAUGUCGAGAAGGCAGCCAAGGAUGCCACCAAGGGCUCCAAAGACCAGAAGAAGGAGGAGACUAAGAAGGACGGCAAGGGCGAUACCGGCAAAAAGGAGCAGAACCCCGACAGUUCCAAGAAGGAAUCUGCAAAACAAAAGGCAGGCGACUCUGUCAACCAAGCGAGCACCAUGGACUCAGUGUCGCUGAAGAAGCACAUGCAGAGCUUGCUGGAAGGCAAUCACAACGAGGCCAAGUCCUCCAAGAAAACGCUCAUCGAUCCUGUCAGUUUGUGGCACACCAUUCCCCUUGCCUCGGUGGGCGAUGCUAAAGCCGCUGAGCCAAACGCAAGCCUGGAGAGCCAGAUCAGUCAGCUCUACGAGAAGGGCAAGGCUCUGCUCGACCAAGACAUUGAAAAAUACGAAACUGAGAAAUCCAUGUCGACUGCCGACAAAGAUUUCAUCUCCACCGUCCUGCGAUCCGGUACCACAAACGACAAAUGCUCGGCCCUGACUCUGCUCAUCCAGGAGUCGCCCUGCCACACGCUCCAUCUGCUGCGAGACCAGCUGGUGCACGGCAUGGCCCGCAAGAAGGCUCGAAGAGAGGCCCUGAUGGCGAUUGAUGCCGUCAAGGACCUGCUGCUCGGCACGCUUCUGCCGGACCGCAAGCUUCGGUACUUCCGUGACCAGCCGCUCUUCAGCAGCAAGGUGACUCACAAGCACCUCGCGCUGUGGUACUUUGAGGACUCUCUGAAGAAGCUCUACUUUGAGUUCCUCCAGCUGCUUGAGGAACUCGCCAAGGAUGUCCUCCAGCACGUCAAGAACAGGGUCCUGACACAUAUUCACGACCUGCUGGCCGCCAAGCCAGAGCAGGAGCAGAAUCUGCUCGCCCUGCUUGUGAACAAGCUGGGCGACCAAGACCGCAAGCUCGCCUCAAAAGCCACACAGCUGCUCUCCAAACUGCUCGUCGCUCACCCCGCCAUGAAGAGCGUCGUCAUUGGCGAAAUCGAGCAGCUGAUUUUCCGAGCCAACAUCCAGGACCGUGCGCGCUACUAUUCCAUCACCUUUCUCAAUCAGAUCGUGCUGACCCACAAGGAGGGCGAUGUCAUUGCGGCCAACAAGCUGAUUGCCAUCUACUUUAUGAUCUUCGAGGAGCUUGUCCGCAAGCUCCGUGACGAGAACGAGGCCGAGGCCGAGGGCAAGGACGACAAGGAGCAGUCCGCAGAGAAGACCAAGACCAAAGCGCGAUGGAGGAACUCGGGCGGCAAGAAGGGCAAAGGCGGCAAGACGCAGCAGCAACAGAGCAAGAAGACCGCACACGACCAAGCCCGUCUGAUGUCCGAUGGAAUCGACUCAAAGAUGUUGGCUGCGCUCCUGACGGGUGUCAACCGCGCAUUCCCGUACGCCAAGAUCGAAGAGGAAGUGUUCGAGAAGCACAUGGACACACUCUUCACCAUCUCUCACAUUGGAAGCUUCAACACCUCGAUCCAGGCUCUGACCUUGGUCUUCCAAGUCCUGACAAAUCGCGAGUCGAUCAGCGAUCGCUUCUACCGCGCGCUCUAUGACUCUCUCACCGAUGCUCGCCUCUACCAUGCGUCCAAGCAAGCCAUGUAUCUCAACCUCCUGUACCGGGCGCUGAACAGCGACACCUCGGAGAAGCGUAUCAAGAGCUUUGUCAAGCGCAUCAUCCAAACAUGCGGACACGCCGAUGUGCCGUUCACCUGUGCAAGCCUGUUCCUGAUCAGCGAAAUCUGCAAGAGCCGAAAGUCUCUGUGGCUGAUGGUCACCCAGCCCGAGGAGAACGACUCGGUUGAGGAAUUCAAGGACGCUGACGAUGGCGAUGGCAACAGUCGAUCGCAGUCCGCCGAAAACGAGAACGGCGACGGCAAGCGCACUGGACAUUACAACGGCCGAAACCGCGAUCCGCUUUAUACGCAUGCCGAGGACACGUGUCUAUGGGAGCUGUGCCUGUUCAGCAACCACUUCCAUCCGACCGUCAGUCUGUACGCCAGCACCCUCCUUGCCGGCACCCCGAUCACACUCGCACCCGGAACCAUCAACUACGACCCCCUGCAAAACCACACCCUGACUCGAUUCCUGGAUCGGUUCGUGUACAAGAACCCAAAGAAGGUGGCGACACCCUACAAGGGCACCUCGCUCAUGCAGCCCCGGCCUGGACAAAAGUCAGACGGCCUUUUGGUCCAGGGCGGCAAGAAGCGGGAUGUACUGAUCGAUGUCGGCGAGACCGGUGGCUCCAAGAUUCGUCUGGACGACAAGCCCGUGACCGAGGUUGACUGGGGAACCCGCAAGUCGAUUGCGGCUGAUGAGGCCUUCUUCCGGCAAUACUUUAUCGAAAGGACUCGUCGACAGCAAGAGGAUCUCAAGAAGCACAAAAAGACCCGCAAGGCCAAGACCGAGGACGAGGAUAUCGGUGGCGGCGACGACGAAGACGACGGGGAUGAGAUGGACGAAGACGAGGUCUGGGAUGCCAUGGCCAAGAGCGCUGGAUUCCCCAAGCUGGAAGAUGGCGAGGAUGAAGACGAAGAGAUGGACCAAGACGAGUUUGACCGCCUCAUGAAAGAGCACGCCUCGGACAACGACGAAGAAGAUAAUGACGACGAUGACGAUGGCGAGGGUGCCGAGAUCGACAGCGCCGACGAAAUGGCUGCCUGGGCUGGCGAUGAUCUGGUUGACGACGAAGCUGUCGCUGACGAUGACGAAGAUGACGACGACGAUGACGAAGCCGCCGCCGACGGUGAUGAAGCUGCGGACGAGGACGCCUGGAGCGACAUUGACAAGGACGAGGACAAGGACGAGGAUGAGGGCGAGGGCGACGCCAACGCUGAAGACGAAGAGGACGAUGAUAUUGACUUUGACUACGGCGCCUCCGACGAGGACGACGAUACUGCCGCUGCCGACGAAGACGACGAGACACCAGCCUCAAAGGCAUCCAAGAAGGCCGACGACAAGAAGAUUCCCAGUCGCAUCCGACGGCUUGCCCAGAAGGCUGCGAGCCUGGGUUACCGCGGCGACUACUUUACCCGGCCCCGCAGCCAGGUCGGCGACGAUUUUGGCGGCGGCGACUUUGCCUCUCUGGAUGACUUUGAUGACUUGAUCACCCAGUUCGAGCACGAGGGCGAGGACGAUGGUGGUCGUGAACUCGGCGACUAUGCCCAGACGGUCGGCGGGUCCACCAAACGCAAACCCAAGCAGCAACAGCAGCAGCAACAACAACAGCAGCAGCAGCGACCAGGCAAACCGUCCAAGUCGCCAGUCAGCUCAAAGAAGCGGAAACUCGACCAGGACGAGAACGAGUCCCAGGGCUUGCCAAAGUCCAAGAAACAAGGGAAGAAGAAGAAGAACUGAAUACGGCGACGGUACAACCGUGGUUCCGUCGGCUGUGAUUGCGUUUUGGCCCGGGACGACGGGCCAUGGCAAGGGAUGCAGUACCAUCGACGUGUCUGAGGAUUUAGAUGGCUUUCUCCUCCUCUUCCCUCUCAUUUGCUCUGAAUACAGCUUAUCAUACAGCGAGUCGAUCCAGAGGAUGGACUGUGCAGUGGCAACUCGUGAACAGCAGGCGCUG